AUGCCGGAAGAGGAUUUGGUUGACAUCAAGUUUAGGUUGUACGAUGGCUCCGACAUCGGGCCCUUUAGGUACUCCUCCGCCGCCACUGUCGAUAUGCUUAAGCAAAGGAUUGUCUCGGAUUGGCCCAAAGGAGGCCCUGAAGGUGAAUCAAACCUUGCGUCAAAGUUUGUAGUCACUGGACAUAGUUCAUAUGGGAGAGUAGGACUAAACAAAUUGUGUAUUUUGGAACUCAGACUCAGCAAUGGAAAUUGUGAUGGAAUUGAUCAUGAAGAAUGGCUGGCACUGGAGCAAUACCGUGUUGAAAUGAAAUUAUUUGAAAAAGGUAAAACGGUCGUGCCAAAGUCAGCUAAUGAAGUGAAAUUGAUUAGUUCUGGUAAAAUCUUGGAAAACAACAGGACUGUUGGUCAAUGUAAAGUACCAUUUGGUGAAAUUGCAGGGAGUGUUAUAAUAAUGCAUGUCGUUGUACAGCCAUCUCUAGCUAAAACUAAAGCUGGUAAGUACCAUGGACUUCUUGCACUAGAGAAUAUAAAUAAUUUUUAG